CAACGGGCUGUAAGGAAUUUUCUUUGAUAAUUCAACUCUGUUAGACCAACCGUCUCCUUCAAGACUAAUGGUGACUGGACCAGAUAGUCUGGGUGUGACUCUGAUGACUCUGCUGAUUCUCCUCCACAGUUUCACCUCUAAGUCUGUGAAGUUUGAGGUUCUGGGUCCAACUGAACCCAUUGUUUCUGUGGCUGGUGAUGACAUCAUUCUGCCCUGUUACCUCAAACCCAACAUCAGUGUUGAGGACAUGACAGUGGACUGGAUGAACCUGGACUACAUAGAUGAACGUGUCUAUCGUUACCAAAAUGGAAGAAUCAUAGAAGUGGAUCAGAUUCCCUCCUAUAGAGGAAGAACAUCACUGUUUAAAGAGGAACUGUGGAGGGGAAACACCUCUUUAAAACUGACCAGGGUACAAGGCUCUGAUGAAGGACAGUAUAAAUGCUUUAUUAAGUCACAGAACUGGUAUGAUGACAUGAAUAUCCAAGUCCUGGUUAAAGCUGUAGGAUCCAGGCCAGUGGUGUCCAUUGAAGGACACAGAGAGGGAGGGAUGGGUCUGGUGUGUCAAUCUGAAGGCUGGCACCCUGAACCUGAUCUGGUGUGGCUGGACAGUAAAGGAGUCAGUCUCUCUGCUGGACCUGCUGAGACACACAGAUACUUUAAGGGAUUCUACACAAUCAAACAACAUGUCAUUGUCCAAGAGACUGACACCAACCUCUUUACCUGUAGAGUCCUACAAAGACAAAUCAAUGAGGAGGUGGAGACAGAGGUUCACAUCCCCAGUGAGUUGUUUGAUUACACAACUCCAUGGAGGCGGUCCUUCAUUGUGUCAUGUUGUUUGGGUGUCAUCACUGUGAUUGGCUUAGCUCUGGCUGUCUACUACAUCAAUGACCUCAGGAGGAAAAAUGAUUAUGUAAAGAAAAACUGGAGUCCAGAUUUUGAACUCUCAAGAAGACAUACGGUGGAUGUGACUCUAGACCCUGAUACUGCACAUCCACGACUCAUCCUCUCUGAUGACGGGAAACAAGUGAGACUUGGAAACAUAAAACAGGAUCUCCCUGACAACCCAAAGAGGUUUACAUGUUAUCCCAGGGUCCUGUGCAAGAAGGGCUUCUCCUCAGGGAGAUUCUACUAUGAGGUUCAGGUGAAGGAGAAGACUAGAUGGAUUUUGGGAGUGGCCAGAGAGUCAGUUGACAGGAUGGCGGGGAUAUUGACACCUGAUGGUGGAUACUGGGCUAUGAGGCUGAAGGACAGAGAGUAUUGGGCUCUCGAUGUCACCCAUUUCCUCCUCCCUCUGAGAGAGGAGCCCCAGAAGGUGGGGGUGUUUGUGGAUUAUGAGGAGGGACAGGUCUCCUUCUUCAACGUGGAGGCCAGGUCUCAUAUCUACUCAUUCACUGAACAAACCUUCAAUGAGAAACUUCAUCCAUUCUUCUACACUGGUUGUGACUCAGCUCCACUGGUCAUGUGUCCUGUAGAUGUCUCUGACCUGUUUUAAAUCAAUCCAUGAUUGUGAACAUUUGACAAGACACUGAAAUAUGAGAACAUUUUUGUGAGACCUUUGAAGUUUCUCAUGGCCAUACUUAUAACAGGGUUUGUUAAGUCUCUGUUCUGUUGUGUGUUUCUAUCAGCAGCAAAUGUUUAAAUGUGUAAAUACUCAUUUGUUAAAAACCUUCAUUUGUAAUCUGACAGACUAUUAUACUACUUCAUCAUUGGUCAUCCAUCUAUAUCCCAUCUGGUUCACUCCAUUAAGUUCAUACAAUAUACAAUACUUAUAUUUAGCUUCUCUUUAAUUCAGAUUUGAUAGAUACAUACACUACCCCAAAAAAUUAAGGGAACACAUAAUCAUCACAGUAUAACACCAAGUCAAUUAAACUUCAGGGAUAUCAAUC